CCAUAAUAUAAGCUGCUAGAAGUGAGAAUAUCAUCGCACAGCACAAACUUACAACGUCGCAGAUAUGGUGCUCUUGACAAGUAGUCAAGUCCAAGUAGCAUUAUCAUCUGCCAUUAUCUUUAGCUUCACAUUUCUAUUGUUCCUAGCCGGAUACCUAUCACAGCAACGAUCCGUAGAGGGCCUUCAUGCCGCAUUAAGACCGCGAGCACCAGUACCACGACACAAAACUCCCGACCACGGUCAUGCCUUUCAGCCUCUAGAUCCAACAAACAGGCUCAAUCGACCGCUGGGACGGCUCAGGGAUAGACUGAAAUGGCAAACACAGCUAGUGGCAGCUGAUUUUCCAUUUGAUUGGAGUAGACUUGCUUACGCGCAACUUGUGCGGGACCAUUCGGAAACAUGUAAUGCUGUUAUCGUUUUCAGCGAGUUACACAGGCUGAAGAGUUCUGCACCUCGACUGCUCCUGUUUCCUCAGCACUGGGUUCAAGAAAAAGACGGUCAAGUUGCGGAUCCAUACUUGGAGACGAGUCGGCGGCUGCUGAAGAAGGCGUCAAGAAGAUACCGUGUUACCUUGGUACCAAUCAAGCCAGAUGUCGAGGGGAAAGGAGAGGACGACCCAGGAGCGUAUUCGAGUGCGACCCUGGCAGCGCUCGACCAAUACCGAAAAGUCAUGACAUUUCCCACACCAGGCCUGGUGCUUGACACAGGGGCUUUAGACUCCAUUUUGGCAUUUACAGAAACGGAGGCCAUUGCAGCGUAUCCACCGUUGAAUACAUCAGUGGCAUCCACAAUUCUAGUAACUCCAUCAAAAAAGGCACAAGAACUUCUCAAUAGAGCAACGUCACAAGACAUCACAUCGGAUUCUCUCGUACCAGACAUUCAAGAUCAGAGCCUCUUCAGCACUUCGCACGCUUUGCGCGUUGCAGAUGCCACAACCUUCAAUGCAACGGAUUUCCUCGCCUCAACUGCGUAUAUGCACUUUUCCGAUCCGGAUCUUCCCGGGCCCGAAUAUGAUAUCCCUUACUCGAGUAUAGUUAAGAUGAGACCGUCAGGGGAUGACCAAAGUUUUCUCUGGGAAAAGAUGUACUCCACGUAUAAAGAUCGAAGAUAUGGCGUGUGUGGAUUGGACUUGGAAUCGUGGCCACCUGUCUCUAAGAUAGAAGCUUCUCAGCAGCGGCAGGAAAACGUUGCUACUGAAGAAGACCGAGCAGAUCUUUAGGAAGAAUAUUCAAGACUGAAAUAUAGUAAGAUUAUCAUAAAUAUAACGAUUACGAAGGACUUUUCACUGCUGUAUAAUAUGAUGAAUUCACUGGAUUUUACAGAGAUUUAGUUGCUCAAAACAAGACACUCUGUGCUGCCGACUUCCUCAAGCCACACCAUUGCAGCCUCCUCUGGAA